AUGGCCAAUUCUCUGCACGCUGAGCGCAAUCUAGGCCCUAUUAGCGUAAAUUGGCCCAGCCAGAUCUCCCUAGGAGCAGUUGUUACAGCUUCAGAGAGACGAGGAAGGCCAAAGACAGUCCAGCAAGGCAACUGGGAGUGGACAACAGUCAUACAGGGCAUCAAUGCGAAAGGAUGGGCUAUUCCGCCCUUCAUUAUCUUCAAGGCACGCCACCACCUCUCUAGCUGGUACAAGGAGGAAGACCUGCCCUAG